AUGGCAACCCAACAGGAUAUCUACAACCAUAUUGCAGCCGUCAAACGAGAUAUUCGUGGAGGGCAGACCUCGAUCCAUGCACUUGCCAAUCAACUUGACAAGGAAGGCUUCUGGAGUCAAAUGCAGUUUGCACCAGAUGGCCGGGUUACAGCUGUCUUAUUCGCCCACCCAGAUUCCUUGGCCCUUCUACAAGCCUACCCAGACGUAAUGCUGUUGGACUGCACCUAUAAGACCAACAAGUACGGUAUGCCACUUCUUGACAUAGUUGGCGUCGACGCUUGCCAACGAUCCUUCUGUAUUGCGUUCGCAUUUCUCAGUAGCAAAACAGAAGACAAUUAUACCUGGGCUUUGGAGCGGGUCAGGUCCCUGUAUGAUCAGUGCAACGCCAGCAUGCCCGCGGUUAUCCUCACAGAUCGCUGCUUAGCAUGCAUUGAUGCUGUAGCCACUGUCUUUCCCUCUUCGGCAUCUUUGCUUUGCCUCUGGCAUGCAAACAAGGCAGUGCUUCAGCAUUAUUAUUCUGCAUUCGACCUUACCAAGAAGAGAACAACCAGUGGCUCCGCAGCGUCAAAGUCAUCGACUGACAACUGGGAAGAGUUCUACAAGUCCUGGCAUUUAAUUAUUAGCUCGCCGUCUGAGAUAACCUUUCAGGAGCGUAUUUCCCAACUCGAAGAACAUUAUCUUACGGACCAUCUCGAAGAAGUCGGCUACAUUACGUCCUUUUGGCUUGACCCAUACAAGGAGAAGCUAGUAAAAGCCUAG